UACAUGGAGAUAAAACACAGGAGAACUAUGAGGCAACGCUAUGCUCUGAAACAUGGGAUACUCAAGGAGUUCCUGGCUGAGUUCCUGGGGACUUUUAUCUUGGUUUUGUUUGGCGUUGGGUCCGUUGCUCAGACGGUCCUGAGUCGUAAUGCCAUGGGGGAGACUCUCACCAUCCACAUAGGCUUCUCUGUAGGACUGAUGAUGGCAGUGUACGUGGCCGGAGGAGUGUCAGGUGCCCAUGUGAACCCUGCUGUCUCCCUGGCCAUGGUGAUCCUGGGAAAACUCAAGUUCUAUAAGUUCCCCGUUUAUGUCAGCGCUCAGUUCCUUGGUGCUUUCACUGGAUCUGCUGCAGUGUUUGGGCUGUAUUAUGACGUGUUGAUGGGCUUCACCAGUGGGAUUUUAUCAGUGACUGGUAUUAACGCCACCGGUCACAUCUUUGCCUCUUACCCUGUCAGGUGCCUGACCAUCCUCGGAGGCCUCGGAGACCAGGUAGUGGGAACAGGUGUGCUGGUGCUGUGUAUCCUGGCCAUCAUCGAUGGGAAGAACAUCGGCGCCCCUAGAGGCAUGGAGCCUCUGUGCAUCGGCCUGGUCAUCUUGGCUAUCGGGGUGUCCAUGGGGCUGAACUGUGGGUACCCGCUCAACCCUGCCAGGGACCUGGGGCCACGGAUCUUCACUGCUGUAGCAGGCUGGGGCUGGGAGGUGUUCAGCACGGCAGACUACUGGUGGUGGGUCCCGGUGGCGGGGCCGAUGCUAGGGGGCGUGGUCGGGGCCCUGGUCUACUUCCUGUUUAUCGAGAUGCAUCACAAAGAGCAAGAGAAACCCCAUGAGGAGGAAGAAGAAGAGGAGGAUGAAGGCCUGGAGGAGGACAGCAGUCUCAAAGACAAAUCCCAGAUGAUUACCAUGAGUUAGAGGGAUUCAUUCAGU